CUACUUAAAGAACUUCCAUUUUUGCCAACUUCUCUGGACCCCAUAACUGAACCCGAUAUUGAUGAAUUACUUCUGGAUGGUCAUGUGAAUUCUAAAUAUCCAACUGAUGGGUUUAUCAAGUUUUUCUCGCUUAAGAUCUGCAGUUCCAACGCAAAACAGAUGUCCAAAUAUCUACAACUUGCAAUGGAUUUCAAGGAGAUCGCCUACAAAGGUUUAGAGAAUGAUUCUCGUUUGGUGGGAGCCCACGUCAUUAGAAACGGGGAUGUCACUCUUGAAAUUGUCAAUACUUUGGAAACUGUGGAAGAUGACAAUGUUUUAAAAUUCCCCUAUUUUGAAAAGGACUUGAAGCAAUUUCCCCAGCUUAAUGAACUGAAAUAUUUGAGAGAUUUCAAAAUCACCACCAACGACCUAGUAUUUGAUUUUGUCAAUAGCAGAAUUGAAAGUUUUUCUGUUAGUCCAAAUGCUCAUUACUUCAGAAGAAAGCUUUACAAUAAAAUUGUCUCUUCUCGUGCUUUUAGGAAUAAUAUGUUUGACUACAACAACCUUAUCCUCAAUGUCAUCAACAAUUCGGAGGUAAUUUACAAUGACAUAAUGGAAUGUACAUUGAUUCAGAAGUUCCUUAAAACUCAUGGUGAAGGAGUCAUGGAUAUUAGUUUUCUUGUUGAAGAUGUCAUAACCAUUUUCGAUAAGGCAGUUGCCGCUGGAGCUGGUAUUAUUCGGUUGCCAAAGAUCAUUAGCGAUUGUAACGGUUCCGUUAGGUUGGGAACAAUCAGUAUUCCCAAGACUGAUAUUCAGCACACCUUGAUAGAGAAUAUCGAUUAUACGGGACCAUUCUUACCUAAUUACUCUGAGUCAGUGACCCAAUACAACUCCAAAUACUAUGAUCAGAUGCAAAAUAUUCCAACAGUUAGUUUCCAAUGCAUCGAUCACUGUGUAGAGAACUAUUCUUGGAACCAAAUGAUGGCACAAGCAAAACUCUAUGCAUCUCUAUUUGGAUUUCACAAGUAUUGGUCUGCUGAUGAUCAUGAUAUAGCUACUGACAACACUGCUCUCAGAUCAAUCGUCAUGGCAUCCGGAAACGGGAAGAUAAAGAUGCCUAUCAAUGAGCCCGUGAAGUCAAAAAUGAGAGGUCAAAUUGAAGAAUUCCAUGAUUUCAAUGGCGGCCCAGGUGUUCAACAUAUUGCAUUGAGAACCAAUGAUAUAAUUGAUACCGUGUGUGCCUUAUUGGCUAGAGGAAUUGAAUUUAAUACUGCUUCGGACAAAUAUUACACGAAUUUGGAACGCCUUCUUAGAGAAGAUGACGUUGCAUUAUUUGAGGAUUUUGAUACUCUCAGAAAGUUGAAUAUCUUGGUUGAUUAUGACAUUUCUACCAGAAAUAAAAAGACAGGGAUUUGUAACUACCUACUACAGAUCUUUACAAAACCAUUACACGAUCGGCCAACGCUUUUCAUUGAAAUUAUUCAGAGACAUCAUCACAAUGGAUUUGGAAAGGGAACUUUUAAGGGUCUUUUCGAAACUAUCGAAGAGCAACAGCGAAUCAGAGGAACUCUUGUACAAGUAGACGAAGAUGAUGAUUCGCAACAAAGUACAUAG